AAAGAUUUCGAGUUUUGAAUUUCUUUUAUUCAAACAUACACGUGCUGCACGCCAUCUGCAAUAUCGAUUUGAAAGAGAACUAAUAAAAUAUAGAAUAACAUAUAGAUAUAGCUAAGUACUUAUAAGCGCGAACUCGUAAACCGCAGACGCAGACGGAAAAGACUUGAGGGACACCAUCUGUUCGUCGUGCUCGGUUAGGGGGAAGGGAUGCCCCCUCUCCUCGCGAAUGCGCGUUUUUAAAUGGUCAUCGUCGCGCAGCAUCGCUGCCGCGAGUCGUGCGAGCGCGAUGGUCACGAGGAUAGGAUCCCCGUGAUGCAAUUAGCGCAAAAGCCAGCUUAUAAGUGCGACAUGUCUCUGCUCUGGUGAAUUUGAAAAAUUCAUCGUCUUGCGGUUUCGCGGGGAAAACAGCGACAGCAGCAGCUUACGAAACCAUGGCAUCCGACAACGACACUACGCAAGACUUGCGUCGAUUUCAAGCAAAGGAGUCCCAAGCUAUUUUGAAGCUGGAUGUGGAGAGGCCUGUGCUCGAACAACAGGAUUUACAUCAAUUAUAUCAGUAUGAGAAACCAAAAAAAUCUGUGAUACAAAAUAUUAAAAAAUCAAUAGGAUCCUCGAGUUGUAAAGGAUGUGUACAAAACGUGAUACCAGCCUCGUACUGGCUUAGAAAAUAUAAAUGGCAAACCGACUUCAUACACGAUGUUAUUUCUGGCCUUACUGUUGCUAUAAUGCAUAUUCCUCAAGGAAUGGCAUAUGCGCUGUUAGGAAAUUUAACACCAGUUGUUGGCAUAUACAUGGCAUUUUUUCCUGUACUUAUAUACGUCUUCCUUGGUACUUCCAGACAUGUUUCUAUGGGAACAUUCGCAGUGGUUUGUCUUAUGACAGGCCGAGCUGUCACUUCCUACGCAACACCUUUGGAGACCAACAGUAGUGCUAAUAAUACACAAGAAGGGUCCCAGCUGUUGCUGCAAAAUACAGAAAUAUACACACCAAUACAAGUGGCAACAGCUGUCACGUUCAUGGUCGGAAUAAUUCAGCUCAUAAUGUACACAUUUAGAUUGGGAGUUAUCAGUACAUUACUCAGUGAACCCUUUGUCAAUGGUUUUACUACUGGAGCAGCAGUACAAGUUUUAUUAUCUCAACUGUUUGACUUAAUAGGAUUAAGUUCAGCCAAGCCCAAAGGAUACUUCAAAUUUAUUAAAACUAUUAUUGUUAUCUUCAACGACAUUCCAGAUGCGAACACAGCGGCUGUGAUAAUUUCCCUUAUUGCUAGCUGUAUAAUGGUUCUCAACAACGAGUUAUUAAAACCUUGGAUCGGGAAAAAAUGUAGUUUUCCUAUACCCAUAGAAUUGAUAGCAGUCAUAGCUGGAACUUUGGUCUCUCGUUAUUUCGACUUGCCGACGUUGUAUAACAUAAAGACCGUCGGAAACAUACCAAUAGGAAUACCUGAACCCCAGUUACCAGCUUUCAAAUUAUUACCUACUGUUGCUUUGGAGAGCAUUGGAAUAACCAUGGUUUCCUACACAGUAACUAUGUCAAUGAGUUUAAUAUUUGCUAAAAAAUUACACUACGAGAUCGACUCCAACCAGGAGUUGUUUGCAAUGGGUAGCAGUAAUAUCUUUGGAUCUUUUUUCUCGUGUAUGCCAGUGUCUGCAUCAUUGAGUCGAUCCUUAAUUCAACAAGCUGUCGGCGGAAGAACACAGCUAGCUAGUAUAAUUUCUUGCUUAAUUUUACUUGUGAUACUGUUAUGGAUUGGCCCCUUCUUCGAGCCACUGCCAAGAUGUAUUCUAGCAUCGAUCAUAGUCGUGGCAUUGAAAGGAAUGCUGGUACAAGCCAAAGAAUUAGCCAAAUUUUGGAAGUUAAGCAAAAUUGAUGGUAUCGUGUGGUUUAUCACGUUUUUCACGACGGUGUUAAUUAACAUUGACGUUGGUUUAGUCAGCGGAUUAUUAGCAUCGAUAGUCAGUGUAUUGUUCCAAAGUGUACGGCCUUACAGUUGCUUACUAGGCCAUGUUCCAAAUACAGAGUUGUACUUGGACACCAGUCGUUACAUAGGCGUGGCUGAAAUAUUCGGUGUAAAAAUUUUCCAUUACUCAGGCAACUUGAAUUUCGUGAACGCCAAUCGCCUCAGCCCAGACCUGCAAGACAAGGUCGGCGUCCGGCCGCGGCAGGUACUCAAAUAUCGACACAAGCUCGCCAAGAAGGGCAUUUACGCAGAGGCCAAUGAUUUUGAGAACAAAUGUACCUUGAGAUGUAUCGUUGUAGACAUGAGUGCGGUCAGCAAGAUUGAUUCGAGCGGCGUUGUGACGCUGCGCGAAGUCGUAGCGGACUUUGCCCAGAUUGAAAUCCCCGUCUACCUCGCAGCCUGUUCAGCCCUAGUUUAUGAUAAAAUACAAAAGUGCGAUAUGUUCGAGAAGGGCGAGCUUAGUUUCAUGAUAUUUGCUACUGUUCACGAUGCCGUGUUCUUUGCGCAACGUGAACUCGUUUCCAAGUCUAGUUGAGAUGACAGUUUUGCGAAGUUUUUUAAAUUUUCUUCAGACAGAAAGAUAGGUCUUGGGUAAAAAGAGCACGUCUGUUUCAUUUUUCAUACUAUUUUUGUACAACUUAAAGAUUCUUGUUUUUAUAUGUGUAACUUUGUAAACUUGAAGUUUUUUAAGACUGUCGUUGCUGCCUGAGGAAGAUAAUAAGUGAAUUCGAGCAGAAGUUUACUUAUACCUUGUGAAAGAACUCUCUCUUAAUGUUGAAAAAAAAAUUAACUAAUUUUAAAUACUGAUUUAAAAAAUUCAAACUAUGUUGCUAGCUGCUUUGUAUGCAGCUAUGUUGUCAUGACAUUCUCGGUCUCAUUAGAAUCAAACUCAUGGUAUUAUAAAUACUUAAGUGGCGCGAAACGUCAUUGAUUGGCAUAUAUAAUAUGCUAAUAUAUUCUACUUUUUUACGUGCUUAUUAAGUUUGGCAACCUAGUGCUCUCUAAUUCGAUGUUAUUUCGUUAAAUUAUUUGUUAGAAUUAAUCAGUAAUUUAUUUUAGGAAAUUGAAUUAUACAUAACACUAUGAAAUUCAUCAUGUAUCAUGCGAUUUUUUCAAGUCAGUAUUUAAGUUAGGCUUGUGAAAUUAUUUCUAAAGUUGAACGAGAAGAGCUUUGAUCUU